UUUUUACAUAGUUUGUAGUGAUCCAGCGAUCUGUCAAAAGAAUUAUGAUAGGUUAACACAUUUAUUUGUUUCUAGUCAUUUUAGUUUUCAGUAAAAAAUUGUGAAUUAAAUAGUGUUUAUCUUUAAAACAAUGGAUUUACAUCAACCUGUAAAUUUGGGAAAUCGGAGUAUGGAUGAGCUCACAUCCGAGGAAAAAUGGAGGUUAGAACAUCAGAAAUUACAUGAACAACAUAAAGGUCAUGAAAAAAUGCAUGCUGAGAUGGUUAUAGUGCUAAUUGUUACUCUGAUUGUAGCCCAGUUUUGUUUAAUUGAAUGGAAGAAAAGGCAUUACAAAAGUUAUUCAGUAGUAACUUUACUAGGAAUGUGGCUAGUACCUAUCGUAUUGUGCCUUCGAAGUCAUUGGUGGCGAUUUAUAUUCAUUUGGUUGAUGUUUUCUUGUAUAACAGGCCUAAUUGUGAGAAAGGCUGUACAAAAACCUAUAGAAAGAAGUACUCCAAGAUUAGUCUACAAAUGGUUCCUGUUACUUUAUAAAUUAAGUUAUGUUCUUGGUCUCAUAGGUUACUUUAUUAUGAUGGCCACUUUUUUUGGGUUGAAUAUAGUCUUUAAUGCUAAAGCCAACCAUUGGAUGGAUUGUGGAUUGCUGUUCACAUUUUAUGGCCUGUAUUAUGGAGUACUUGGUAGAGAUAUCUCUGAGAUAUGUGCAGAUAAAAUGGCAGCUCACAUUGGGUAUUAUUCUCCGCAAGGUAUCAGCACUAGAAGUUUAGACCCUUCAGUUUGCGCCGUUUGUGGAAAUAAACUGCUGGUUGGUGAAACUGAAGAGGGUGUUAUAGAGAAUACUUACAAGUUGAGUUGUGAGCAUGUAUUUCAUGAAUUCUGCAUAAGAGGGUGGUGUAUAGUCGGCAAAAAACAAACAUGCCCGUAUUGUAAGGAAAAAAUGGAUCUUAAGAAAAUGUUCUCGAAUCCGUGGGAGAAACCUCACGUACUUUUUGGUCAACUUCUGGAUUGGAUUAGGUGGCUGGUAGCAUGGCAGCCAAUGAUUCUUUUCCUAGUGCAAGGAAUCAACUGGGUAUUAGGUCUGGAAUGAAUUUUGGCCUUCAUUGGACAUACAAUAGGAUGAAUGAACUGUUUCUAUGUUUAUAAGUUACCUGAUUGUUGUGAUUUUAAAUUAUUCAUAAUAAAAACUCGUGUGGUGAA